CUAUACGCGCGCUGUACAUUGCAUUCCUCGAUCUACACAGUUGAUCUGGCGGCACGGUUAAUUUUGUUGUCGGUGAAUUAGAAUCUCAGCUCAGAACGCCAAAUUAAAAGCGAUGUGAAGCAAUAUAAUUGACAGCUGAAAUCUUUCAAUGUUCAAAGAUUGGUCCAUGAUGUUAAAAGAGAUCAGAUGAAGAAGAAUGCCAGUGCCUACAGGAUCAUCAGACCCAACCUCAGUAAUGAAUAAAUAUCGCAACAAUGUCACUGUCCUUGCAGACUCAAGAUCAUCUGAUGAAACCAGGUUGAAAGCUGCACAGGAGAUCAGUGAAAAUUUUGAGGUUAUCAUCUCGUCAUCGCAAUACCAUAGCUUCCUAGAGACGGCUAUUCCACACUUCUUGAAAGUUCUUAAAGAUGAAAAACCUCAAUUCAUUGCUGAGUCGCCUCUACAGCACCUGCGAAAACUUUUGCUGGAGUUGCUACAUCGUAUGCCAACCAAUGAACAGCUGAGAACGUUUGUGAGGCAGAUCCUUGAGUUGAUGUUCAUCCUCCUUGAAGCAGAGAAUGAAGAGAACGUCUUGGUUUGUCUUAAGAUCAUCAUUGAGCUUCACAAGUACUACAGACCAACCAUGCAACCAGAGGUGCAACACUUCCUGCAGUUUGUCAAGUCUGUGUACAAGGACAUUCAAGUGAACAUGAAAACCUACUUCCUUGACGUGAUACCCGGUACGCCCGCUCCAGACCCUAUGAACAUUCAGCUCUUCGUUGAUAAGGCUGGUUUCUCCUGCCAAACGAUCAUCACUAUACAACAAGCUGACGGACAGAAAGUUCAGCAAACCAUCCUACCCAAAGGGGUGAACUCGCUGAAAGUCUUGGCCGAGUAUCCCAUCAUCGUAGUUCUCAUGUAUCAGCUUUACAAGCAGAAUGUCCACAACGUCGUAGCGGACUUCAUACCCCUGGUCAUGAAUACCAUUGGGUUACAACCCACCCAACAAGCAAGAGCAUCACCUAAUUUCAACAAGGAGAUGUAUGUGGAUUUCAUCGCUGCCCAGAUCAAGACUUUAUCCUUCCUGGCCUACAUUAUCAAGAUAUACCAGGACUUGGUGAACUCGUAUGCCCCUCAGAUGGUGAAAGGCAUGCUGGGAUUGUUUGGCAACUGUCCCAGUGAGGUUGCCCAUCUGCGUAAAGAACUCCUGAUCGCAGCCAGACACAUCCUCGGAACAGACCUCAGGAACAAGUUUGUUCCCAGUAUUGACAAGCUGUUUGAGGAGCAUGUCUUGGUCGGUAGCGGAUGGACCAGCAAGGAAUCUCUAAGACCUCUAGCAUACAGCACCCUGGCUGAUCUCGUUCACCAUGUGAGACAGCAGCUACCUCUGCAGCACCUCUCUAUGGCCGUCCAUCUCUUCUCCAAGAACGUCCAUGAUGAAUCCCUGCCCUGUAACAUCCAGACGAUGUCCUGCAAACUACUCCUCAACCUGGUCGAAUGCAUCCGACAGAAGAGCGAACAGGACGGGGCUAACGCUCGGGAGAUCCUGAUGAGAAUGCUCGAGGUCUUUGUGCUCAAGUUCCACACCAUCGCCGAUAACCAGCUUCCUGUCAUCUUUGAUAAAUGCCGCCAACAACAAGAGGCAGCGCAAGAGAAGAUGCUACCUCCGGUAUCACGCUCCAUUUCAGUAUCCUCCGCAACCGCAUCCAGCUCCACCACCACUACCACCACCACCACCACAUCAUCAUCAACAGCAUCAGUAUCACUACCACCCCCACCACCUACCCCGACCACACCCCAAACCAUGUCCUUCGCUUCCCUCUCCACCACCGCCGCCACCAUCCCACCAGCAACCCCCACCACACCGGCCCCGCCCGUCACCCCGGGGGUGUCCUCCAUCACCACCGCCCCCCUCUCCUCCCUCUUCCCUACCCGUGAGAAAGACGAGAGCAAACCCAAGAAGUACCUUCCCACCGGCCUGACUCAUUUCAAUAACUACUCGGUGGUAGACUGCAGGAGUUUGGUUAAGACGGUGGUGUGUGGCGUCAAGACCAUCACGUGGGGUGUGAGUGCUUGCAAGGUCUCUACAGAUCCGAACCAGAACAAACAGUUUCAUCCCAAAGAAACGGCUGUCUUCAUCAAGUUAGUCAAGCAUGCUUUGAAGGCCUUGGAUAUCUAUCAGAUCCAGAUCUCCCCGACAGGACAGACUAGUAUACGAGCAGCCAAUACUCAGAGCGUCAGACUCAAAGAAGAGAAAGAAGUCCUGGAACAUUUCGCUGGAGUGUUCAACAUGAUGCAUCCGCUGACGUUCCGAGAGAUCUUCCAGACGACCAUUGAGUACAUGGUGGAACGGAUCUACAAGAACUACGCCUUGCAGCUGAUAGCAAACUCCUUCCUUGCCAAUCUGACCACGUCUGCUACCUUUGCAACCAUCUUAGUGGAGUAUCUCCUGGAGAGGAUGGAGGAGAUGGGCACUAAUCAAGAACGUUCCAACCUGUACCUGAAGCUCUUCAAGCUAGUCUUUGGUUCAGUCUCCCUCUUUGCAAAUGAGAAUGAACAAAUGCUAAAGCCUCAUCUUCACAAGAUAGUCAACCGAUCGAUGGAGCUCGCGACCACGGCCAAGGAUCCCUACAACUACUUCCUCCUCUUGAGGGCGCUGUUUCGAUCCAUCGGAGGAGGUAGCCACGAUCUCCUGUAUCAAGAGUUCCUGCCCCUCCUGCCAAACCUCCUCCAAGGUUUGAAUCAGCUUCAGAGUGGCCUUCACAAGCAGCACAUGAAGGACCUGUUUGUUGAGCUCUGUCUGACUGUACCUGUGAGACUGAGCUCAUUGCUUCCAUACCUACCCAUGCUCAUGGAUCCGUUAGUCUCGGCUCUCAACGGAUCACAGACUCUCGUUAGCCAGGGAUUGAGAACGUUGGAGCUAUGUGUGGACAAUCUUCAGCCCGACUUUCUCUACGAGCACAUCCAGCCGGUGAGAGCGGAACUGAUGCAAGCCCUUUGGAGGACACUGCGUAACCGUAGCGACCAGAUCGCUCGCGUGGCGUUCCGCGUGUUAGGCAAGCUGGGUGGAGGCAACCGCAAGAUGCUUAGAGAACCACAAAGGUUGACAUAUGAAGAUGAUGAGAAUGACGGUCCUUGUAUCACCAUUCUCUUCCCUGAUCAUAAGACUCCAGUUCAUCUACCGGUAUCCAAGGUGAUAGAGACUGCUCUGAGUAAGCUAACGUCCCCGACGACCGACGUGUUCUAUCGUCGUCAGGCGUGGGAAGUCAUCCGUCAUUUCAUUGUUAGUAUGCUCAGCUUGGGCGAUGAACAGAGGACUAUUCAGCAGCUGCUUUUCCACACAAGUUUCCAUGAUGGUGAGAUUCCAAGGACUACUAGUCAUGCAUACAAGUGCCACGAUCACCUCUCCAGGAUAUGCUUCCAGAAUGCAUUGACAUCCAUGAUUGUUUCGGCUACAAUCAAAGAUCUUCGUCCUAGUUCCCUUCCCUUCAUGAUGAAUGUCGUGAGGCACAUUACACUGGUGGCAGUCGCUCAGCAAGCAGGCCCGCUUCCUACCGCCCACAGUCGUCAGAAGUCUCUCAAUGACAACAUGGAUCCUCACGUGUUGAUCGAUGCUAUAUCAGCCUGCAUGGCUCAUGAAGAGAAGGAGCUCUGUAAGACUGGACAGCUUGCCAUGACAGUCAUUGUAGAGACCGCUGCUGCUGUGAUGGGCAGUAAGGCUAGGGCCUGUUCGCUAUCCAUCUUUGAGUACGUUGCUGACCGUAUGUGUAACUGCUGCUAUGAACGAGCCUGGUACGCUAAGCUUGGGGGAUGCAUCGCUAUCAAGUUCAUGAUGGAGAACAUGGACAUGUGCUGGGUUCAGAGCCAUCUUUAUCUGUUCCUCAAGGCACUUCUCUUCGUCAUGAUGGAUCUUACUAAAGAGGUAUCGAGUGGAGCGUUGAACAUGGCUAAGAGCAACGUUGACCUGGUUCUGAAGCUCUGUGCCACCCCACCCACAGGAGCCGACGCUGAGAACCCGAAGCUGGCUGUAGCGCAGCAGAAAGCGUUCCAUGAUGUCACCAGGGAGCUAGUCAGGGAAGUCACCUCCCCCAACCAAACUGUCAGAGAACAGGCAAUGGAUUCUCUGCGAUGGCUUGCUGACUUCACCGACAAGAAGGUGAUGGAGAUCAUGUCUCCCCACAAGGAGGUCCUGGCAGACAUGAUCCCUCCCAAGAAGCACCUGUUGCGUCAUCAGCCUGCCAACGCACAGCGAGGCUUGAUGGACAGUAAUACGUUCUGUACGACGUUAGAACCAAGGCUCUUCACCAUGGAUCCAACCAUCCCUGAACACAAAGUCUUCUUCACUGAGCUGAUGAAUCUCUGUGAGACUGAGGACUCGGGACUUGUCAAGCUUCCAUGCUACAAGGCUGUUCCAUCCCUAGUGCCUCUACGCAUCAGUGCUCUUAAUGCCCUGGCAGCAUGUCGGUACAUUCCUCAGGCCAGAGAGCGGAUCUUUAAGAUUCUCUUCAAUGCUCUCAACUCCAAUGUAAGUGAACUUCAAGAGGCUGGAGCUAAGUGUAUGGAGAAGUUCAUUGCUGGUCAGCCAGUAGAGAUGGAGCUGGUCCAUACCAGUGUUCGUCCACUGCUCCUGAUGUUGGGCGACCAUAGGACGUUGAACCUCAACGUGAUUCAGAGACUGCAUAGCCUUACACAGCUCUUCCCCAAUGCAUUCAAUGAGAAGCUCUGUGAACAAAUGCUGGGUCAUCUGAAGAAGUGGCUCGAGACGACGGUCAUCAGUCAGAAGAACGGCCAGAAGUCGACCGACAGCCUGAAGAUCUGUACAGCCAUCCUCAACAUCUUCCAUGCCAUCCCGGCAGCAUCGGCCAAGAUCCUUGAACACCUCCUCACGCUGGUCAUCAAAGCAGAGGGCGCUCUAACCAUGGAGGUUGGCAGUCCAUUUCGUGAGCCCUUGCUGAAGUAUUUGCUCCGCUAUGCUCAACAGACCGUGGACCUGUUCCUGCAGGAGAAUAACCUCAAGAACCAUCAACUCAGUCGCAUGUUCAAUUAUUUGUUGAAGCACGAGUUAGCCGAGCCUCUGAGGUCAGCAAUCCAGAAGAACCCAAGCAAACUAAUCAACCUAGCAUUCAGUAAAUCACAGCCUCCAGCUCGCCCAACAAACACAGCAGAGAAGUUUCUCUUGGAGCUCCAGUACCAGUCCAUCCGUAUCUGCGCUACUAUGGUGAAGCACGAUAAGGAGUGGCUUCCGCAAACACCCACCGUGUUUGUGCACCUUCGCCGGAUCUGGGUAUCGGAUGCAUUCCAGGAACGUCAUCGUCAUGACAACCAGGGUGUUUCCCACUGGGAGGAGCCUAAACUACUCGUCAAGUGUCUGCUCAACUAUGCCAAGCAACAUCCAUCCAAUGUCGAGCUACUGUUCCAGUUGCUUCGCGUCUUCAGCAACCGUUACCUGCCAAACUUCCAGUUCUUCAGAACGUUCUUAGAAGAGACAGUUGCACAGGGCUACUCCGUUGAACAGAAGAGACACAUCUUCUUCAAGUUUGUAGAGUUGUUCCAUGACAAGAGCUUCCCUCAAGAAUUGAAAGCCAAGGCCCUGCAGUAUGUCAUCAUUCCAAUGUUUGCUGCUUCCUUCGAUAAGGGAGAGGGAGACAGUUUGAUUGGCGGUCCACCAAACCCAGGUCAGGAUAGCCCCGAUAACCUUGUGAGCGUGUUCAUCAGUAAGGUCAUUGACCCUGAAAAUCCCUACGGCACGUCAGACUCCGUCAGGAUCCUCCUGCUUCAGUUUGCUGCCCUCUUGGUUGAGAGAGCCGCUCCACACAUCCAUGAUGCUGCCGACAAGAAGCAGGGUACAAAGCUCCGUCGCUUGAUGACCUUCGCCUGGCCGUGUCUCAUUCAGAAGAACUGCGUUGACCCGACCACCAAGUACCAUGGCCAUCUGCUCCUGGCUCACAACAUUGCCAAGUUUGCCAUCCAUAAACGAAUCGUCUUACAGGUGUUUCACAGUCUCCUGAAGGCUCAUGCUGCCGAAGCCAGAUCGGUUGUCCGCCAAGCCCUGGACAUCUUGACCCCUGUGCUUCCCCAGCGGAUGGAGGAUGGUAACGCUAUGCUCACACACUGGACAAAGAAGAUCAUCGUAGAAGAGGGAUACACUAUUGCACAGCUCGUACACAUGCUGCAGCUACUGGUAAGACAUUACAAGGUGUACUACCCCGUGAGACAUCACCUGAUCCAGACCAUGGUGUACUCCAUCCAGCGGCUUGGUAACACCCCUAACGCUACCCUGGAACACAGGAAGCUGGUGGUGGAGCUGGUAGAGGUCAUCAUCAAGUGGGAGGUUCAGAGGAUCAGGGAGGAUGAAGGAACGGCAGAGCCGGCCACCCCAGUUGAAGAGCCCCCUGUUGUUGCUGCUGCUCCUGCUGCUCCUGCAGGGGUGAAGAGGUCAGCUUCCACCGAUCUCCUCCCAGACCCUAAGAGGGUCAGACAUACAUCAUCAGGAUCGACCGUGAGAAGCAUCACAUCCGAGGCGAGCAAACCGAUCGAGAAGGUCUACUCCGAUGCCGUGGUGAACUUCCUGAUCCGUCUGGCCUGUCAGGUGAACGACAGCAGCAGUACGACGACCGUGAGUUCCCCCGGCGAGCAGCUGUCAAGGAGAUGCAUGGCUCUCCUCAAGACGGCUCUUAGACCGGAUGUGUGGCCUAACAGCGAACUUCGGCUCAACUUCCUGGACAAGCUCUUCCUCUCAGUGGCAAAGGAUACGCAAGCUGUAGCAAACUAUGGAAAUAUCUGUGCUGGGCUGGAUGUCCUCAAUUUUCUCCUUGGUGUUAUGGAUAAGCCCACAAUCUUGUCAAGUUUCAAGCCCUUGCAGCGAGGCAUAGCAGCCUGCAUGACCUGCCCCAGCACAAAGGUCAUACGAUCAGUCCACGCCCUGCUGGUCAAACUCAUGAGUACAUUCCCAACAGAGUCGAGUACAUCCAAUGUGGCUUCUAAGUAUGAGGAACUAGACAGUCUGUAUGCUAGUGUAGGCAAGGUCAUCUACGAAGGUCUCACUGCCUAUGAAAAGGCUACCAAUGGUUCGCCGACGUCCAGUCUGUUCGGGACCUUGAUGAUCUUGAAGGCUGCCUGUACCAACAACAUCAGCUAUAUCGAUCGGUUGAUAACCGUCUUCAUGAGAGCACUACAGAAGAUGGCGAAGGAACAUCUCAGUCCGAGCAGCACCGAUGCUACCUCGCUGGCAUCAGAGCUUCUCAUAAUCAGCUUGGAUCUGGUGAAGAAUCGAGUGGGCGUGAUGAGCACGGACAUGAGACGUAACUUUGUGCAGGUCCUGACGUCGGUCAUUGAGAAGUCGCCUGAUGCAAAGGUUCUGAAGACCAUCGUCAAGAUGGUGGAGGAGUGGGUCAAAGCAAAGACUCCACUGAUGCUGAACCAGUCUCCGUCCCCGAGAGAGAAGACCAUUCUCCUAGUAAAACUCAUGCAGUAUGUGGAGAAGAGGUUCCCGGACGAAUCGGAACUCAACGCACAGUUCCUGGAACUCGUCAAUUGGGUCUACAGGGAUGAUUCUCUAGCGGGAAGUGAGCUGACAUCCAAGCUUGAACCGGCCUUCCUGUCAGGACUCAGGUGUAGCCAACCACACAUCAGAACAAAGUUCUUUGAGGUGUUUAAUUCCAGCAUCAGACGUCGUUUGUUUGACCGUCUCCUGUACCUGAUUGACUCUCAGAACUGGGAAGCCAUGGGGUCGCACUACUGGCUAAAACAGUGUGUAGAGCUACUGAUGGCAUCCAGCGCCACCAGUACUCUGAUCUCCAACAUCAACACCUCGCCGCUUCCCUGUAUCACCUCGGUCAUCAAUCUAGCCGACAGCCAGGAGAAAGCUGCCUUCAUGCUGGCUGCUCAUGUCAAGGAAGAGCCCAUGGAUGUUGAGUCGGACUUGCAUAAAGAAGAGGAUGUCGAGAUAGACAUCGAGCUACCCCAGACUGAUGGCGGAUCAUCGUCAUCGUCGACCGGCCCAUCGUCGGAACCAAGACAACAGCUGCAGCAGCUUAUCAACAGAGAUAUUAAGUUCCUUGAGAGCCUCAGGAACGUCAAGACGUUCACCUUCCUACACGCAGUCUCGCAGCUGUGCCACAGUGAUACAGAUUUAACCCAUUCAUUCUGGGUCCACCUGUUCCCUAAAGUCUGGAAGAUUCUCAGCGAAAAGGAACAAACGACCCUUUCUCAAGAAGUGAGUCCAUUCCUGUGUAGCGGCAGUCACCACUAUCAGAAAGAUGCUCCUAUGAGUACCAUACACACGUUUGUUGAAGCAGUGUCGAGAUGUAGUCCUCCCAUCACCAUCAGACCUUGCGUUCUUAAGUACCUAGGUAAGAGUCACAAUCUAUGGCACCGCUGUAUCCUGAUGCUAGAACAGAAUGCCAUCACGAGCGGUUUCAGCAGCCACCAUCGACCUCGAACAACCAGCGUCUAUGACUUCUUUGAACCUGAUAAUACAGCUGCUAUGCAACAGGAGACAUUGGAUUCCCUGUCAGAGUUGUAUGAGAGAUUAGAAGAAGAGGAUCUAUGGGCAGGACUAUGGCAGAGAAGAUGCAAGUUCCCUGAAACUGCUACGGCUCUCUCCUACGAACAGCAAGGAUUCUUUGAACAGGCGCAGACUACUUAUGAACAGGCAUUAGCGAAGGCGAGAUCCGAGCACAACUCGGGUCCAGCGAGUAACAUGCUGUUCCCCGAGUACCACCUGUGGGAGAGUCACUGGGUCCGAUGCUGCAAGGAACUCAGCCAGUGGGAUAUCCUGAUGGAGUACGGGAACACCAAGGGCCACACCAACCCCCAGCUGGUCCUGGAGAGUGCGUGGAGGGUCCCCAACUGGGGCGCCAUGAAAGAGGCACUCGCACAGGUUGAGCAGAGCUGCCCCCGUGAGAUGAACUGGAAAGUGAAUCUCUAUCGAGGUUUCAUUGCUAUCUGCCAUCCCGAUGAAAAGAACCUAACACUGAUUGAGAGACUUGUUGAGAUGUCGAGCAAGCAGGCUUUGGAGGAAUGGAGACGUCUCCCCCACUAUGUGACCCAGGCCCACACCCCCCUCCUCCAGGCGUCCCAGCGUAUCAUGGAGUUACAGGAAGCUUCCCAGGUGCAUCAUGGUCUACAACCAACCAACCUAGGACGCAACCAGAGUCUCCAUGACAUGAAGGCCAUUGUCAAAACAUGGAGGAAUCGUCUCCCGAUGGUGUCCGAUGAUCUGAGUCAUUGGAGCGACAUCUUUAUGUGGAGGCAGCAUCAUUACCAAGCUAUCGUACAAGCCUACGACAACUCCUCAAGCACAACACAAGACAAUCAACAGCACAACCACACAAUGUUGGGUGUUCACGCGUCUGCACAGUCUAUCAUCAACUAUGGCAAGGUAGCCAGGAAACACAGCCUGAUUGGUCCUGCCCUAGACUCACUUAGCAGAAUCCACACCAUCCCGAGCGUCCCUGUCGUCGACUGCUUUCAGAAGAUCCGUCAGCAGGUCAAAUGUUACCUCCAGAUGGCCGGGACCAUGGGUAAACAGGAACUACAGGAGGGGUUAGAGGUCAUUGAAUCCACAAACCUCAAAUACUUCAGCCGGGAGAUGACGGCCGAGUUCUAUGCUCUCAAGGGAAUGUUUCUAGCACAGGUCGGAAGGUCUGAUGAAGCGAACAAGACCUUCUCUGCUGCUGUUCAGAUGCACGAUACCUUAGUCAAGGCGUGGGCUCUAUGGGGUGACUACCUAGAACAGAUCUUCUGCAAGGACAAACAAAUGUCUUUAGGAGAGUCGGCCAUCACCUGCUUCCUGCAUGCGUGUCGCCAUCAGAACGAGAGCAAGUCACGUAAAUACCUUGCCAAGGUUCUGUGGCUGAUCACAUACGAUGAUGAGAAGGCUGAUCAUCCAUUGGCUAAGGCCGUCGACAAGUAUUCAGUUGGUGUUCCGCCCAUUCAGUGGUUGCCAUGGAUACCUCAACUGUUGACGUGUCUGGUGGGUAAUGAAGGAGAUCUGAUCAUCAACAUCUUGAUGCAGGUCGGACGAGUCUAUCCGCAAGCGCUCUACUUCCCGAUUAGAACCCUCUACCUCACGCACAAAAUAGAACAUAGAGAGAAAUUCAAGAGUGGUGAUGCUUCGGCUGGCCGCCGUCGUCUGUCUUCCACAGUUAUACCAACCAAGACCUUGACUGCCGCGGAUACGACCACGCCCAGUGAUGCCACGCCUAGCAACACCGCAACGGUAUCCAAGGAAGAUACCAAAGAAGAUAUCGAUGCCAAGAAAGAGACGAGUUCCACCACCACCACCACUGCCGCUACAACUGCAGCAGGUGGAGAUGCCACCACCUCCACUACCACUCCAUCAACAACAUCAACAACGUCAGACAGCACAUCCACCACCACUACCACUACCACGCCCUCCACCAGUACCCCUGCCCCUGGGUUAGGGGCCAGUGUGACCAACCCUGGUCCCAUCCGGGCUUCGGUACCCAUGGUGCGAUGCUCCAAGAUCAUGGGGGUCCAGAGAGAUCUGCAUCCUAUUCUGCUUUCUUCACUGGAAGGCAUUGUGGAUCAGAUGGUAUGGUUCAGGGAAAAUUGGUAUGAGGAGGUCUUACGUCAUCUUCGACUGGCGUUGGCAAAAUGCCAAGCUGUGGCUUUUGAAAACAGAGGAGCAGUUGUCGAAGCAAAGGUGACACCACACACGCUGAGCUUCGUAAAGAAGCUCGUGAACACCUUCGGCGGUGUGGGCAUCGAGAACGUGAGCAGCGUGACCCAGACCCUGUCCAGCGCGGCCUCGGAGCUCCUCGUGAGACGGGCGCAGGCCACAGCGCAGGACCCCAUCUUCCAGAAGCUCAAGAAUCAGUUCAAGAUCGACUUUGACUUCUCCCAGCCUGGGGCCACCAAGCUGCGGAAUCUCAUUGCCAUGCUCAAGAAGUGGAUCAAGAUCAUCGAGACAAGGACCAAGCUACUACCAAAGUCCUUCCUGAUUGAGGAGAGGUGUCGGUUUUUGAGCCACUUCUCGUCAGCGACCGCCGACGUCGAGUUACCCGGAGAGUUCCUCACCCCCAAGCACAGUCACUACACCAUACGCAUCGCCCGCUUCAUGCCUCACGUAGAGAUCACGCACAAACACAACACGGCCGCCAGGAGACUCUAUAUCAGGGGGAGCAAUGGAAAGAUCUACCCAUACCUUGUUGUGAACGAUGCAAGCAUGGCUGAAUCAAGACGAGAAGAGAGGGUUCUGCAGGUGCUGAGGAUGCUCAACCAUUAUCUGGGCAAGAGGAAGGAAACUGCAAAGAGACAACUGCAAUUCACAGUGCCACGAGUCGUAGCUGUGUCCCCUCAGAUGAGACUGGUAGAAGAUAGUCCCUCAUCGCUCUCUUUACUGGACAUAUAUAAGAAGUGGUGUUCCAAGCAGCAGGUGGAAACGGACCCACCGAUCAACCGAUACUAUGAACGUCUAGCCGUGGUCCAGCUCCGAGGCUCGCAGGCGAGUCAUCAAGUCCUGCGGGACAUUCUGAAGGAGGUCCAAACCAACAUGGUUCCCAGGACGCUUCUCAAAGAGUGGGCGCUGGAUACGUUCCCAACUUCAACAGACUACUUUGCCUUCAGAAAAAUGAUGUGUGGUCAGUUGGCCUUGCUAGGUCUGGCUGAGUUUGUUCUUCACUUGACCCGACUCAACCCUGAGAUCAUUCAGAUCGAGAGAAACUCGGGACUCCUCUCCGUCUUCUACUUCAGAUUUGACCUGGAUGAAACAAGUGGAGAGCUUGAUGCAAACCGACCUGUACCGUUCCGCUUGACGCCAAACAUCGCCGAGUUCCUGACCACGGUCGGAGUGAACGGGAUGCUGAAUGCCUGUAUGAUAUCCAUCGCUAGAUGCCUCGUGCAGCCAUCCUUCCAGCUACCGGCCAUCCUCAAAGCUGUGCUCCGAGACGAGAUGAUAGCAUGGAGUAAAAAGAAACAAGAGGACACGUCAAGCUCGUCGUCCUCCUCAAGCAGCUCUACCGCUUCUACAUCGUCAAGCCAACAGACUCCCUCAGAGAGUGAGCUUCUUAUCACCUUGGUUACCAAGGCUAUCAACGCUAUCAUGACGAGACUACAGAAUCUUGCUCAGUUUGAGGGCGGUGAGAGUAAAGUGAGUACGUUGGUGGCAGCAGCUAACAGUCCUGAUAACCUGUGUCGUAUGGAUCCUGCCUGGCAUCCAUGGCUGUAAUGUAAUGAUGGUCUCCAGAGAGAAGCCCACUCUAUGCUGAUAAAAAUGGAUACCAUUCAUCGUAAAAUUCCAGGAGAGAAAAAUCAAAUUCUUUGUAUUCGUCUUUAAGUCAUUGGCUGCCAAAUUCUUAUGUGCUCUUCACCAUGGUCGCACCAACAAGACAGACACCAGGCCCCUGUUUCAUGAAAAUUGAUAUUAAUAACAAGUUACAAGCUACUGUUAUAAGCUACUGAAAUCAAGGCAUCUGAUUGGCUGAGAGCAAAUUUGUCUUAGAAAUUUAGCAGUUGUUACAGAUAACAAGUUGUAUGAAAUGGGCCCCUGACUGACAUAGGACCAAUUUAAACAAUUGACAUGACCCUGAAUAGCCAAGAGUCUGUCAUUUCCAGUGACGUUUUUGAGUUUCGCAGUUUGCUUUGGCAUUGUGACUAAGGUAGUAUUUCCUAGUUAUUUUGCAUCAGCUUCUGUGUCAAGUUCCUGCUCCCGCUUCAAAAAACUUUCAAACUCGCAUGAUAAUGAAUUAUAUAAAUCAAUGAAAUAAACUUUGUUUCUGUAUUUCAUAUGGGCAUGAUGGGUAGAAGAUGGUGCUUCUGUAGAAUUCAAUGCCUUGGAUGUGUUUCAAAUUUCACAAAUGUAAUAUUGUGUGCUUUCUAUUGCUACUCAAUAUGGAUUCAUAUUUAUGAGUACUGAGUAUUGGUGAAACAUCACAUUGUAUCGAAAGAUUGUAUGGUUUUGUGAUUAUUUUGCAUUGUGUUUUCGUUGCUUUUACAAAUAAUGUAAAUGUUUACUUUGUUGUCAUAGUAAUCUGACACUCAGGAUAAAAAUCAAAGAGACUGAGUAAGAGGAAGAAUGAUUUCCCAAUUUUAAAAGUGGAAAAUUGCUUACAUUUUCUAUGUAAUCAUCAAGUAUUUUGAGUAUCACAUCCAACUUUACAACACAUGCAUUCCAUGGACAUAGAAGUAUCAAUCUGUUUUCAACGAGCAAAUAUUGUUGAGUAUUACGUUUUACCUGAAAUCUUUGUAAAAUUACUGAGUGAGUUUGUCAAAUUAUUGAUUGUAACUUUGAGGAUGUGAAAGUUUAAACCACUGAAACUUUAUGAAUGCUAGUAUGACAAGAUCAAUGAAGCACUUUGCUUGUAUUAUUUUGUAGAUAUUAUUUUUAUACACUUUAGAAUCCUGUUGCUCAGAAUUCGAAUUUUGCUUAGUUGUGGAAAAUGUAAAUAGGUUUCUCAAUCUCUGUUCACUUAUGUCAAUGCAACGAGGAGUGAUUUGUUUUACUAAUCUUGAGAGUUUUCUUUGCUACAUGUUAUGUUCAUAUGUUUUAUAUUUAUAAGCAUCGUCAAUUAGUACACCUUAAAACAGGACUGCACUACUUGUAGCUUCUUACACCCUCUAUAUAUUAAACAAUGCCUAAGCGGUACCCGAUGAGCCCCUUUUUCUUAUGUUAAGUGAGAGCUGAUUUGAUGAGAUAACCACCUGUCAGUGACCAUGCAGGGAGGUCUAAUCCCUCCUGGCCAAACUGGUGCAGAUUGGCUUUAAAGCUAGCCUAUAUCCAAUUCAUUGAACAUUGACAUGGUUUAAAUAGACUUGCUUUUUAUUCAAUACCAGUCAUUACUAAAUCAAUCUUUUUGUCUCUCAAAAAGCUGUAAGGUUGUGUUUGCAAUCAUUGCAAACAGUGUCCAAAUCAAUGUCGCCUCCCUGGUAGAAAAAAGAGACUAAAUAAGAAAUGAAAAUAAAUAAGUAAAUAGAUAAGGUUUAGAGUUACCUGUUGUGCUUCGUCAAGGGAUGAAGUUAAAAAUUCAGUUCGUUGAGGGAAUUGACAGUGGAGCACAGGCUUUUAAAUCUGCAUGUCUCUGUGUCUAAAAUGCUUGUAUGGAAAAUGGAGGCUAUAAAAUCGGGAAGAAAAAACAAUGUUUACAUUCAUGGCCUAGUCUUUGCUAAAUUACAUGCAUUUUGAUAGACCAAGAUUUCUUGUUUUAUAUAAGGGAUUAGCCAUCAAUGUAUGUAGUAAAUAGAGAAUACUAAAUGAAUUACAUUAAUUGAUUUUUAUUGGAAUACCAAGUCCAAUAUGAAGUUGAUAAUUUGUUGUAAUUAUGAUUUUGAUCAACUGAAUUGCGCAACAUAAUAUAGUAUAGUUUUAUGAUGUGAGAGAUGAGAAUAUUCAGAAUUAUCAAACCUCACUGUGCCAAGAGAAGGGCAUACUAUGUUCUUUGAUGAAAUAAUGUACAAGAAAAUUCAAUAUUGUAUAAAAACAUGACUUAUUGUACUGUACAGAACAUGCAUUUUGAUAUUAAAGAAUUUUAGGUAAAAACAG